GGCGUAUAGCUCAUGAAUAAGAAAACAGUGCUCGCAGUAGGCUACGACCAUCGGGAUCUGUGGUGUUUGUUUUGACAACGUUUAAAUUUGUGAAACUGGUUUCAAAGCAACAGACUGAAACACUGCUUUGACUUCAUUUAUCUACGGAUAUUGCUAACAGUGCCUGGGAAACUACACUCAAGUCGCCUCUGCAGCCUAGGUCGGAUCCACAGAAAUCGUUUCCUAUUGUUUUGAAGAAGAUUAUGGACAUUCCCCCACCUAAUAUUCUAGAAGGCGACGAUGAAAUAGAGAAGAAGAAGUUGUGCUCUGCUGAUAAUGGCGAGGCCGGUGUUGGAGGGGCCAGUGGUGGGACUGGAGGUACCGGCAUUGGAGGGGUGUCCGCCUCCCUUACGCCUGCCAUCUGGGAGAAGACCAUCCCCUAUGAUGGGGAGACCUUCCACUUGGAGUACAUGGACCUGGAUGAGUUCCUGCAGGAGAAUGGCAUCCCAGUCACCCUAGAGGAGGAGCUGCAGAGGAGCCUGGCCCAGGUGGAAACCAAGGGGACAAGACCCCCUUUCACCACCUCUGACACAGAGACUGUCACACUCACCUUAGAGCCAGCUGAACAAGAGAAGGAAGAAGAAGAUGGGGACGAUGAAGAUGCUGUGUCUGGGUUUGAAGCAGCGGAGGUUGAAGUGUCUAAAAAUAAAAAAGAGGGGAAGUCUGCAGACCGACUCACACCCACUCCCAUCGACCCGGAGGACAUUGAGGUGGACAUCAACUUCCAGCCGGACCCCACAGACCUGGUGCUGUCCAGUGUGCCUGGGGGUGAGCUGUUCAACCCACGCAAACACAAGUUCUCUGACGAGGACCUCAAACCACAGCCCAUGAUCAAGAAGGCCAAAAAGGUCUUUGUGCCCACUGAGCAGAAGGACGAUAAAUACUGGUCGAGGAGGAAGAAGAACAAUGUGGCAGCCAAACGUUCACGUGACGCCCGGCGGCUGAAGGAGAACCAGAUCACAGUGCGCGCUUCGUUUCUGGAGAGGGAAAAUGCUGCUUUGCGGCAACAAGUGGCUGAGUUGCGUAAGGACUGUGGUCGCUGCAAGAACAUCAUGUCCCGAUAUGAAGCCAAAUACGGACCAUUGUAAGGGACAAACUUUAUCUUUCAAGAAAAUAACCGAAAAAUAAAAACGCCCCCCAAAAUGCAGAAACAAAGAGGAUCUGAAUUGCACUGCUUUCAUGGUGAACGCCGGUCACUGCGUCAAGUUCUAGAUCCUUUCCAACAUGACAGUGGAGGCAUGGAUACACACUGUCAGUGAGCCAGGCAGCAACAUGGCGAGAGGUGGACACGAAGACUGGCUCCUACACAUACAGGGACUCAAUUAGACAUAACAUGUAUAUUGUCUACUGCUAGUCAGGUCUUAUCACUGGCCAGAGAAGUCAGAGAAAGCUGGUGGAGAAAAGCAUGCUUGUGAAAAGAAGCGCUUAAACGUUACACACACACAUUUAUACAGCGCAUUAAUGGGUUGUUUUGUGGACCAAAGCAUGAACAUCAUCAGUGAGGAGUAGUGAAUAUUGAAAGUUGUCCCCCUGCCCUCUUCCCACUGUUUGCAGUAACUGACUGUCUCUCCUCUGUUUCAAGUACUUGUGCAGAGGCUCUGAAGAAGGACAUGUCAACUCUUGAUUUAUUCAUAAUUGGGUAGGGGAGAAAACAAUGAAUAACAGAACUGACAGAUUGAGGGUUGCACCUCCGUGACCGUACACAGGAAAUAAUUGAUAUUGGUCAGACAAAGGGCGAGAUAGUGGUGUUUUCCUGUCACAGCUCUUCUAUGUCUGUCUUUGUUUGUACCACACACUGAAGUGUGUGUGUGGAGAGAAUUCUUUGUACAUAGUUUUCUCCCUGCACCACAUAGAUUGUGUUACCCCUGUUUUGCACUUAACCCUUCCAAAGCAACACCUUGUGGGUGAAGAUUAGAUAUAGGGCUGGGUGGGUACUUUUUUCCUAUUACGACAUGACCCACACAUUUUAAGCAAUUGUUUAUACAAAAACUAACUCUGCAUCUAAUAUCUUUCCCCAAAAAACAGUCAUUUUGGGGGAAAGAGGUGUUUUAAAAAGUAGUAUGGCCUUUCUAGGGAGUUUUUUCUAGGCACCGUGCUUCUACACCUGCAUUGCUUGCUGUUUGGGGUUUUAGGCUGGGUUUCUGUACAGCACUUUGAGAUAUCAGCUGAUGUAAGAAGGGCUUUAUAAAUAAAUUUGAUUUGAUAUAGCACGGACUGUCUUUUCUCAGUAUGUUUAUUGCUCAUAGAUAAGGGCCCUCACUGGUGGAGGGGUAUUUAAUAUCUAUGUUGGUUUAUUUCAUUGUUCACUGCAAGUAGAGGGCACUGUAUAUUUGUGCCUCCUGUAGUUUGUCUGGGAUUAAGAGUCAGUUAUUUUGUCAAUACCUGUGUCUUUUUAUCUUAAUUUACUGCUAUUCCUUAUGUUUGUUGAAUAGCUAUUAUGAUCAAUGCUGUAUUUAUUCUAACAAUGCAUCUUGAUUGAUGUGCAACAAUCUGUCAGAUUUAUAUUUCUUUAGAGGAAAGAAAACAAUGAACCAAUGACUAAGCAGGGAUCUCAAUGUACAAACUGUGGUUUUUGAUUUUUUUUUAACAGGUUUUCAACAAGAAUUUUACAGAAAUAUAUAUUUUUUUCUAAAGACAAUUUCCUAUUUACCUCAUCCAACACUUCCAUUGUUUAAUGCUCCUAUCUUAUUGGAUACCAAUAAUUUUGAAGGGUUGGGGUGCCUAUGACAAUGUUGACAGGAAUUGUGAGCACAAGAAAGGUGGUUUUGGUUAAGUUUGAUCAAAAAUGAUCGGUCUCAAUUGUUGCAAAUACUACAUAGCAGACUUAUUAGUAAAGGGACUCAAUCUCUUAAGUGUCUGAUGAAUUUGUGUUCCUGUGCCGAUCUUCAUUAUGAUGCAUAUUAGAAUGAUUAUGAUGCAUAUUAUCAUUAUGAUGCAUAUUAAAAUGAUAGGGCUCAAUUGUUGCAAAUACUACAUAGCAGACUGUUAAGUAAAAGGACUCAAUCUCUUAAGUGUCUGAUGAAUUUGUGUUCCUGUGCCGAUCUUCAUUAUGAUGCAUAUUAGAAUCAUACAUGUGGCAACAAUAUUAAUUUUACUCUGCUUUGUUUCUGUAAAAUAACUAUGAUAGACAAAAUGUUGAAAUGGCGCAAAGUCAUGUGUGCUUCCAAUUAAGUUUCCCAGUAAUCCUGCUGCACGAAAAUGUGUUAAUGGUGUAAUGUUUGCAUAUGUUUUACACUAAGUGUAUGUACUUAUGUCUGUAAAUUAAAGGAUCAAAACAAA